AGCCCCGAGACAAGAACAACCAGCUGUGCGGGUGCUAAAUUCUAUUGCGCAACGCUAAAAUUCCAAACACACGCCACACACAACAUUAGUGACAGCCAUUCAAAAUGCAAGGCCCAAUUCAAAGGUUGGUGUACACAUUCGGUCAUCGCACCUGUAGCCAAUUGCCGAUGAUCGGCGGAGCAGCGAUAUCCAGCACAAAACCAUCAACAAUGGCCCUCUCCGUUCGCCAAUCCUCUUCAUCCGUGCUGGCUACGGAAUCAUCCAACAAAGGGAUGAUUAUCCUGAACCGCCCCAAGGCGCUUAACGCCAUCAAUUUGGAAAUGGUGCGAAAGAUCUAUAAGCACCUGAAAAAAUGCGAGAAGUCUAAGUCGCUGCUGAUCAUUAAGGGUACAGGUGACAAGGCUUUCUGCGCUGGUGGAGAUGUGCGGGCCUUGGUCGAAGCGGGCCCCACGGACGAAUCGAAGAGCUUUUUUCGAGAGGAGUACAGCACGAACGCUCUUAUUGGCAACUAUAAGAUACCCUACAUCGCUAUCAUCGACGGCAUCACAAUGGGCGGCGGUGUAGGACUGAGUGUGCAUGGAAAGUACCGUGUGGCCACCGACCGUACCCUGUUCGCCAUGCCUGAGACGGCUAUCGGUCUAUUUCCGGACGUGGGCGGUUCCUAUUUCCUGCCCCGUCUGCAAGGAAAGUUGGGUCUCUACUUGGGAUUGACUGGUUAUCGGCUGCGCGGCGGUGAUGUCUUCUUUUCGGGCAUUGCCACGCACUACUGCGAUAGUAGCAAGAUACCUGAUCUCGAGACGGAGCUGCUAAACUGCCCCGAUGCAGACGAUGUGCCCGAGCUGUUGCAAAAGUUCCAUUCCACGCCGGAGAAACCAUUCUCGCUACAGCCUUUCCUGGAGCAAAUCAACAAGAACUUUUCAGCGGACUGUGUGGAGGGUAUCCUGGAGAACCUACAGAACGACGGCAGUGAGUGGGCCAAGAAAACGCUUGAGACCCUCUCCAAGAUGUCUCCCACCUCGAUGAAGGUCACUUUCCGCCAGCUGGAGCUUGGCUCUCAGCUGUCGCUGGCUCAGUGCCUCAUAAUGGAGUACCGCCUGGCUGUGCGCCACUUGGAGCGUAGCGACUUCAAGGAAGGAGUACGCGCUCUGCUGAUCGAUAAGGAUCAGAAGCCUCUGUGGCAGCCAACCAAGCUGGCCGAUGUCACCGAUGAGCAUGUGCAAUGGUUCUUCCGCAAGUUGCCGGACACCGAGGAACUCAAGCUGUAAUAUGACGGGCCUAGUUUUAUUUUUGUUUGAGCCUGCCAAUAUUGUUUGCCUUCCGUUAAACCGCUCAUUAUUAUAUAUACACUCCAGAUCACCUUUGUAUAUAUACCUAUGCAAGCUUGAGUUAUGUUAUGCAUGGUUCCGUGCCUGCCGUUUUGCAAUAUUCGUUAUAUUUACCUUUUACGUUCUACGGCCACAGUUUGACAAGCUUUGUCGCAUAAUUAUCCGCAAUCUCUUCUCUGUUUCAUUCCAACAGCGAGUAACUUCGAGGGAAAUCCUUGCAAUUGUCUGUAUUUACCAAUAACGAUCGUGAAAUUCAAUGCAUUUAAAUAUAUGAUAUACAUAUAUGCCUAUAUAUAUUAUAUACAAUUCGUAGUCCUAAUACAUUCAAUAAUUGUGCCUAAAGAAUCGAUAGAAUUCGUUUAACAAGAAUAAAGUGUAUAUGUUUAAUAA